AUGGAUGUGUUCGAGUUUCAGGGUUUUGACAGCUGGACAGUUUCCACAGUAGCCGUAGAAGCCGUUUUGGGACGUACCGCAUCCUUGCCAUGCGACAUCGAGCCGGAGGCGAAGGACGAUCGGGUGUACAUGGUGCUCUGGUUCCGCGAAAGUGCCGGAAAGCCACUAUACAGCUUCGAUGUGCGGGGGCGGGCCUUCGAAAAGGCACUGUACUGGUCAGAUACCAACUCAUUUGGGCCACGUGCGUAUUUCGUUACCGGGCAGCAGCCGGCCAAGUUAUCUGUGGACAAUAUUCAGCUGGAUGACGAGGGCGUCUACCGCUGUCGUGUCGACUUUCAGAACUCGCCCACGCGUAAUCAUAGAAUUAACUUAACGGUUAUUGUUCCUCCACAUCAAAUACUCGUGUACGAUGCCUCUGGCCGCGAUGUCGCCGGCGCUGUGGGUCCAUUGCUCGAGGGCGAUAAUAUUGUGUUGACAUGUGAAGUGCGUGGCGGUCGCCCGGAGCCAACGGUGACCUGGCUGAAUGGAACCCGCACCCUGGAGGCGGGCAGUGGGGUGUCCAUGGGCCGCCAUGUGACCGUCAACCGCCUGGAGGUGGCCCAAAUCUCGCGCAACGCCCUGAACAACACGUACCGCUGUCAGGCCUCGAACACGAAACUGGUGGCGCCCGUGGAGCGCAGCAUUCGCAUCGAAAUGUUACUCAAACCCACAUCAGUCAAUUUAACCAAUAAGUUGAAGGUCUUCGCCUCGAACACGCAGUACAAUCUCACCUGCAUUGUGGCUGGUUCGGUGCCGGACACGGAAAUCAAAUGGACGCAAAAUAAUCGGCCCUUCAAACGUGGCAUGCUGUCAACGAGCCAAGCCAAUGGUCGAGUCAUAUCCACAUUGACAUUUUAUCCACAACCUGAGGACGACGGCACGAUGCUCAAGUGCGAAGGCUCCAAUCCCCGGCUGCAGAACUCGGCCAUCGAGGACUCGCUUAUGAUGAAUGUCAUUUAUCCACCACAGGUCACCUUAUCGCUGGGCUCCACUCUGCGGCCGGACGACAUUAAAGAGGGCGACGACGUCUACUUCGAGUGCCACAUUAAGUCCAAUCCCAAGGAGCACCGCAUCAUGUGGUCGCACGACGGUCAACCGGUCACCCAGAAUGUGUCUUGGGGCAUCAUCAUAUCCACUCGAUCUCUGGUCUUGCAACGGGUGGGCAGGGUCCACUCUGGAUUUUAUGCCUGUUCGGCGGCAAACGACAGAGGGGAAACCCAGUCUGCUCCAGUCAAUCUAAGGAUUCGAUAUGCGCCCGUCUGCAGCAGCAGCACCAUCACCGUGAUUGGCGCCUCCUUGGAGGAGGCCGUGCCCAUUCCCUGCCGCGUCAACUCGGAUCCGCCCGAAAUUGAUUUCGAAUGGACUUUCUCCUCCAGUGGCGAACACUUUGAGGUGCCCUCGGGCCACUAUGCCACCAUUCAGGAUCCCACCAUGACCACCACCAGCGAUGUGAGGCGCACUGUUGUGGAGUCCAAUGAGACGCACUUCGAGAGCUAUGUGGAGACCAUCAGCGAGCUGAUCUACACGCCAAAAGGUGAGAGGGACUACGGAACAUUGGCCUGUUACGGCCGGAAUGCUAUUGGAAAGCAGUCGGAUCCGUGUGUUUUUCAAGUGGUGCCAGCAGCUAAGCCAGGGGCAUUACGGAACUGUACUCUCCGGCCGUAUGUGGUGACCUCCGCCUCGCUGAACUCAUCGAAUCAGACGACAAUGCAUGCCAAUCAAAUGCUGCCCACACAAUACGGCAGACACGAGUCGAAUUAUCCGCACAUGGAGUACGUACGUGAGCGCCAUAAUGCCAAUAGUAAUGGCAGCAACAGCAACAGCCAGAGGAGCAACAAUGCCACAUCCCGAAACAAUGCCACCAAUAAAAAUAUGAGGGGCAAGCCGGGUGCUGGCCAGGUCAAAUCUAAUAAUAAGAAACUCACCCAGCAGCAAUUGCAGCGACUCAACAAGCGGACAUCAUUCACACCGUCACAGACACUGGCGGCAAUCGAACGGCAACGUCAGAAGAAACAGUCCCAGCAGCAGCAACAGCAGAAGAAGCAGCAACAUCAGCAGAAGCAGCAACAACAGGCCACUGCUGGCAAGUCCAAAGGCAGUGAUAGCAGAACUGAUGGAUUGCAGGUGGCACAGUCGGGGAAGCAGCGAAUGCGACGGGCCAGCCAGCAGCAACAGCAGCCAAUUCCUAAGAAAAACAAGGAGCAACAUCAGCUGGAUGCACACACCAGCAACAGCAACAACAAGAGGAAGUUACUCCAGCCAGGAGCAUCAAUAACAAGCCAACGAAAGCCAGCAAAAUCAAAUUUAUCAAUGUCACAUGUAGGCAACAGCAAUGGCAAGAGCAACAGCAGAAGCAAAGCCAACAACAAUGGCCAAGUGCCAGAAAAGUAUUUUAAUAAGCGACAGAAAAACAUGCACAAACAGCAAAAGAAGCUGCAGCCAGCAAAGAAGCACGACGGCAACACAAUCCAUCAUUAUGCAACUUUGAGGCGAAGAAAGCGGCAGGCAGCAAAUGACAUUCUAGCGACUGUGGCAGCGGCAGCCUCCCCGACAUCAUCAGUUGCCUCGUCCGCAACCUCAUUGGCAGCAAUGGCCACGGCCACCACGGCGCUGGAAAUCGAGAAGGAUGUUGCAAGUAGUGGCGGCAGCAAAAGCAGCAUUAAACGAGCACGCAAAUCCUUAACCAGCAGUGACAAACAGGAGAAGCAAAAGAUGCUUCAGCAGCAGCAGAAGGAGCAACAGUUGAUGCCGCCGAAUGCUCCACAAAUAAGCAACCAGCCAGCAGCAGCAAUUAGUAGCAACAAUGUCAAGGAAACAGAAGCAACAUCAGCAGUUGCUGCUGCAGUUGUUGCAGAGACGACUGCUUCCAAGGAGUCCUCCAAAAACGAGCAAGACGACAACGGUGACGACGACGACGACGACGACGAUAAUGAUGAUGAUGAGGCAGAGACAGAUGGCGAGACGGAUACUGAUGACGAAGAUGAGGAUGAGGACGAGGAUAUGGAUGCGGAUGCGGACACGGAUGGAGACCCCAGCGAUGACGAUGCAGACCUGGAUGAAGAUGUUGCCCAGCUGGCCACCGAUGGCGAUUACUUGGCCGAUGGCCCUGCCGACUUGAGCGAAUAUGAGACGGUGGAGGUGGUGAAUGGCAAACGGCAGACGCACGAGGACAUGUUGUCCUCGCUGGAACAGCAACUGGAUCUGGAGUCACUCGAGGACAAUGUGGAGGAGGCGGAGGAAGCCGAGGAGGGGGAGGAUGACGAGGUCGAUGAUAUGUACAAUGUUAGCGAUGAUGACUUUGUGGCCAGUGUGGCUCUCUCCACUGCCGGCGACUCAACGCCAGCAACAGCGGUGACCUCCUCCAGCUCCAUCAAAGUUUCCACUCCGCUGCCAGGACAAACGAAAACCAGGACUAGCACAAGAACCACAGAACCUGCCGAGUGGCAGCAACCGCAUUUCGACUACUCACGCAUGGAGUACAGCUUUAGUAAUGGCGUCGUCACCCAGAGCUUGCUCAGUGGCUCAGGUGGUGGUGGUUCAGGGGCCGGAGGCGGGCACGAUGGCUACGGGGGCGGAACCAUCAAUUUCGACAACUACGACAACAUCAUCUACUCAACGAUGGAACUGGAGUGCUUGCCCGGCUACGACGGUGGACUGCAGCAGAAGUUCUACCUGGAGGCGUACGACUCCCAAUCGAGGAAGCUGAGACUCAACAUGACCAGCACCUAUGCGGACGUGCCAGUCUUCCGAAUAGAUCUGUCAGAUUUGAUGCCCAUGGACAGCUAUCCGGAUGGCCAUCCCGCCCUCCACUUGUUCGUUUACAGCGUCAAUCAGAAAGGACGCUCCGAGCCGAUUGUCCUCGAGAAUGUGCCCAUCAAUGAGGCGGACAAGCGUUCAGAUGGACGCAUGGGUCUGUCCAUUUUGCCCCUGGCUGCUUUACUUGCCGGCACCCUCUUUACAGUGGGCAUCGCAGUUCUAUCCGUGGUGGUCAUCGCCAUUCGCCGGAGAAGGGGCCAAGGUGCCCGCAACAUGUGUGAUGACAAAGACAAGCACCUGGGCAUGGAUGUGACGGUAACCGCGCCUCUGGAAACAGGCGCUGGACACCAGCGACUGGUGGUGGCCUACACCCUGAAGCAAGGAAUCGAGAAGCAGCCGGACAUAUUGAGUGCCCAGAAGAGUGCCACUAACGGUGGUGACAUCUCGUCGCCGUUGGGAAAUCGGCCGAGUGGAUUGUUCGCUGGCGGAGGUGGUGCAUCGACCGCUCCCAUUGCCGGCAAUGUUUCAGGACACAAAGCCGGGGAUUAUGACUCUAAUGCGCCGCACCUGAGCAGCCCCCCCUCGCAGUCGAGCACUUUGAAACUGGACAGUGAUCCUGCAGCGAAUGGGGUGAGGGGCGGAACAGCGCCCCCAUUGCUGUACGAUGCCAUGCCCACGCUAAGUCGCUACGAGCAACUGGGUCUAAGCAUGGCCAGCUAUGCAGCCGGCACAGCGGGAACUGGCGGAAGCAGCAGCACGCUGAGCUCCGCCGGCAGUACAGUGACUGCCAAUGGGCCGUCCACCGGGGGAGGGAGCUACCUCCAUCACACCCUGCCCCACAACCUGGCCCAGCAGCCGGGUGGGAGCAUGCAGCAGCAGCAGCAUCAGCAGCACCGUGAUCCGCUCAACCUGGCUGACUACCUGACCACCAGCAGCCUGAUAGACUACGGGCUGAACAAGCCACCGCCCGCUGCGCACAUGACGCUACCCAAGGGUCUCGGCAUGGGCCUGGGAAUGGGCAUUGGCAUGGGCGCGAGCUCCGUGAUGGCCGCGGGUACCAGCCUCUCUCCGUCGCAGCUGAAUACCAUCACGCACAAGUCGGCGGCAGGGCGCAACCACAUAAUCACCGACACCCUGCCCGGGCCGGAGAGCUGCGUUUAAAGGGGGGACCGCCCGUCGGGCGCAUCCUGUCGCAUCCUGGCAUCCAACCAAAAGACUGGCGCACAGCAGUAGCCCCAAAUAAAAGCCGAAUCAAAGUGGCUGCGAACUACUAACUAGAAACAUGGAGAUGUGGUCAAAAUAAUUGUUAGUGUUAAUUAUUUAAACUUUAUUUCUGGAAACUUGUUAGGAAUUAUUGGGUUAUUAGGUUAAAGGCUUAGUCAAAAAUCU